AUGGCUGCUGCUGCUCGUGCAGCAGCCUCUGUCAGCCAGAUGUAUACCAGGAAGCGUCCAAGGACUGCUGCAGCAGCUGCUCCAGAUAGCAUUGAUGAUGAAGAUGAUGACCAUGAAGCACAAGUUCAGCCAGAUGCAUCUAAUGCUGAAGUAGGAAUGGAGGUGGAUGGAGACUCGGGUGGAGAUGGAGGAGGAGGCUUCAAUUUGGAUGAUGAUUUGCUUAUUUAG